CCCUCUCGACCCUCGGAUUCGAUUCGAUCAGCAGCAGCAGCAAUCAGCAGAUUUUAUUCCUACAUUGUUGCAGAGAAAACAAAACAAAAAGACAAGACCAUGAUGAUGUCCCGUAUUUGCCCUUCCUCUUCUGUUCUGAUUUUGCUAUUGGCUGUUUGCACUUCUUGCAGCGCCUUUCAAGUAUCUCUUCGUCCCUUAACCGUUAGAACGUCGAGAUCAGGGUUCCUUCAAUCGACGUCAUUGUCGUCGACCGUGGACGUUUCUACAAACGCUGCCCGCCAGUACAACGGUUUCGUGGAAUGGGCGAGUUACUACGGCGUGCUUCAGGAGAACUUUCAGAUUUCGGAAGCCGUGAAUCCCCACAAUGGCGGUACCGAGUGGAACGUGGUCGCGGGACUGCCUGCUGGAGCGGGAUCUCGAGCUCUGUUCGUGCCGGCCAUGUUGCGAAUUACGUCCAUGCGAGCUCGUCAGGAAGAAUUUGCCGCCUUGGAAGGAGCCAUCAGUCAGUACAUUGAUGCGACCAACAGCAACGGCGACAUCAAUUUGGCCUGUCAUUUCUACCUAUUUCUCAAGGUGCUGCAGGAAUACGACCUCAAGGACCAAUCCCCGUAUGUCGCAUGGUUGGACGCGCUGCCUCGCAAAUUCUCCACGGCCUUGGAAUUCGAUCCUCUCGAAAUGGACUGCUUGCCGCCCUUUGUCAAGUAUUUGGCAAAUCAAGACAGACAAAAUUACGACCUCUUCUUGGAAACAGCACAACAGCUAGACACACCCACCAUUACAGAUGCCACCAAGUACAACACGGAAAUCACCAAAUGGGCGUUCAAUGUCGUCUUUAGCAGAGCCAGAGCGGCCUUUGGAGAAGCAGAAAUCAUUCCCAUGUCGGACAUGCUCAACCAUGCCGCACAGCCAAAUGUCGAUGUUCAGUACGACAAUGAAGGCAAUGUGCAUGUCACGUUCCUGAGAGAUGUACAGCAAGGAGAAGAACUAUUCAAGUGCUACGGUCAGCCCACAAAUCCAUCUCGAUUUUUGGCAACCUAUGGAUUCUUUGAUACUUCUCCUCCUGCUACCUACUGCAAACUCAUGUCGGGAAAGAAACUCACUCCCGAACUCAAAGACCUGGGAUUUGUUUACGAGCGAAUGGUAUUCUACCCCGAAAAUGGAGGCAUUGCCGAAGAGGUUUGGGAUGUCAUGCUAUACACCAUUCUGGCAAACAUUGAUCCGGCCGUUCAGCAACAAUUCUACAAUGCGCACAUGCAGGGAGACUUCCAAACCAAACAACAACUACAGGAUUUCUACAGACCUCAAACCGGACAGGCUUUGCUCAAUCAUGUCGACGAAAUGCUCAACGAGCUAGCCAUGUGUGCACAGAAAAUUGAUCAGGCUGGACCCGGACACGAAAAUCUUGUCAUGAUUCGUCAACACAAUGAUUUUGUACGAGAAACGUUCCUCAAGGUACGCAGCAACCUCGAACAGAUUGGAGCUCAAUACCAAUAAACAAACAAGAAAACUGGAGCGAAAGUAAGUAACUAACAGAAGACUAAUUAUCUAAUCUAUUCUAAGUAAACUU